AUGUCGCAAAAACCGCGAAAACUUCAGCGCGUCUCUAAGGCUUGCGACUUCUGCAAUAGACGCAGUAUAAAAUGUACCAGAGGCGAAGACCCGCUAGGCCGGUGCCAAAAUUGUGCGGACUUUGAUGUCCCCUGUACUUUUGAUCGACCGGCGAAACGCCGGGGUGUCAAGGCCGGUACCAAAAUCAUUGGCCGAGACACUCCAGUCGCGAAGCCAAGUACAGAACCGCAGCUUCCAUUGGGGCGCGAAAAUGCACCGCAACGAGCAUCUGGGUCUUCAGGCUCAAGAAGCGAAUAUCAUCCUGAUUCGGCCUCACGCCCAUCGUUAACAGGGGACCCCUGGACCUCCUUUAACACUGGGUGGUCAACGGCUGAGGGGUACGAUGACGACGGCGCACUGCGCAAUUCCUGGAAAGCCUUUGCCAUAUCUUGUGAUCAGCAAAUUCGGAAUCUCGUCCAGGUUUAUUUUGAGAUUGUUUAUCCUAUAUUUCCUUUGUUUCACAAGCCAUCAUUUAUAGAGAAAAUUAACAACGAUGAGCACUUGCGAAAUCAAAGUCUAUUUGCGUCGACAAUGGCCGUUUGUGCAUUGGUAUCCGGCCGCGCUCGUGAUGGCGCAUUAUACACCAGCCGAUGGCAUCGCGAGGAACUUUCUGAACCACCGUCAGAGGCUUUUUAUGCAGCUGCCAAAGACUCCCUUCCGCGAGAUCUGGCCGCUGCAAAAGGAUUUAACUACAUGCGCGCAUGUGCAAUCCUAGCGAUCGCCAGUAUUCAAAAUGGUCAAAUAAAAAACAUGCAAAAAUAUUCUGGCAUGUACCACACUUUAAUAACAAUGGAAGGGUUUCAUGACGAGAAGCUUUGGCCGAAGGACAUCAGUCCAAUCGAAAUAGAGGAACGACGAAGACUGUUUUGGUCAAUAUAUACGCUCGAUAUCUACUCGACCAUUGUAUGGGGAGGUGUGAUUCGAUACCGUGAAGCCCAUUCUCUAGUCCGAUACCCAAUUGAGGUAGAUGACGAACUCAUUACUCACCAGGGCUACCGCAUGCCUGGUGUAUCUCCAGCGUCAACUGCGAUGGGCCAAGGCGAUGUUCCAGUUUCCUGGAUGCAUGGAUGGAACUUCACAACCGACCUGUAUCGCAUUUUGGAACAUGUCGUUGAUGGUACCCGCCGUAAGUUCUCUUCGGCCAAUGGAACCCAGGAGGUGUGGUCUCUUUUUAGUCCGGUAUCCAUGUCAGAGCCCGCGGUUAUGGAGCGAGUGCUUUCCAUGUAUGCUGCAUUACCCCCACAAUUCCGGGAAACGCCACCCACUACUGGCGAUAUUGGGCAAGACCUGUUUGGAUUUCAGUCCGCAAAUAUUCAGGCAACUUUACAGCUUCUGCGGAUGGUACUGUUAUCGGCAGAAGAGAUUGGGGUAGACAGGAAAUGCGAUGUGGCUGGCGAGCUGCUGAGUGUGUUUUCGAAGGUACCAGUUGAAUAUUUGAAAGCCAUUAGCUCACCCCUGCUCCAUCAUUUAGGUGGGAUUGGCUACAUUCUCGGUUCUGUCAUGGAGGGCAAUUUAUCGGACGCCUCGUACCAACGCGUUCGAACUUUACUCCUUGAAAUGGCCAGUCUACUCCACCGUCUUGAAGUUGGUCUUCACCGCGCAGCGGGUGCUAGUGAACGUCUGCGAUCACAAGUGGAUCGGAUAGAUGGCUACAUGCGGACUUCAAGAUUGGUUAACCUUUCGGCAAUCCCUCCACUUUCAAGUGCACCGAAUGGAGCAGCUCCCCCAGUCGACAUGAAGCCGGAGGCUAUGAUUCCACCAUCAGCCUAUCAACAAACCGUUCCAUCUGUAUCAACGCCAGUUGGAUCAACAGCACCCAUGGGAAAUCAGUUGAUGCAGUUCCAAUUGCCGCCUGAACUGCUGGCAGAUUGGCCGUGGCCAUUAGAUAAUUCCCAUUCUGAGGGCUUCCUACCUUUCGCGUUUGAAUAG